AAUGCUUUUAAAUAUAUUAAUCAUAAAAUUAUUCUCAACAUUUUAUCAAAUUCUUACAUUAUGUGUGAAAAAUUGAAGAACUUCCUUAAAUAAUUGUAUUAAAGUUGAUCAAUAUAAUUCGAAUUGUAUAAUAGGAAGGAAAUAAAAACGUUCUAGGAACAUUUAAAUCAAAUGGCAAAAAGUCAACGGGCACUGUGUUACGUGUACGUUUUAAGAAUGAUUAAUAUGUAAAUUUGGGUCGUCCAAAAAAGAUAUCUACGCACAUCUGUAACUCGCACCGGAAGCAAAACAUGCGUAACGGAGUUCUACACAGGACAGAGAAGUAAACGUGACCUCCCACAAUUUAUACGCAAAAGUAUUUUUCCUCGAACGAGUUACGGCAACUUUUGAGCUUGUUACUGAAAUAUUUUCGGAUAUCGCGAGAUAAACUCUGCAGUCGUAACGCAGCAAUUUGCGACAAGAAUUCUUCACGAAAUUUGGGAAAAAGAGAGAGAAAGUUAUGUUAUUUUCUGGCUUGAUUGAUGCAAGAAAGCGGGUUUGCAAUGUGUGGGAAUUGACCAAAAUGAAAAAAGGAACAUGAGUAAAGAUGAGCAAUCACAGGCGUGAUUCAGCGGUCGACGAUGCACGGAGCUGAGGAGCAAGCCGCGUGGCCGAGCGAGAGAGUGGCUGAGUGUACCGCUCUUCCGGGAAUCCAUAUUUCGCCAAUAGAGUCUCCGGUUCGGCCGUGAUUCGUUCCCAACCGAUUUUGUUUCAUUCAAGUAGGCAACGACUAAGUCGAAGCAUCACCUUGCGUCGUGAUUACGCGAUGUUGUAUUAUACUACGGAGUUUGAGUUCUCUUAGGUUGUGAAAAAAUUUAUUGGAUGAUCAAUCGUGCAGUCAAGAAAGUACUCAAAUAUUUGUAACGUGCAGGAUGUGUAGAAGAAGAAAGUUAAGAAACCACCCUAUAUAUAUUUACUAAUAACAUUCAUAAACAGUGCAAACAAAGAAAUCGUAAUUGCAAAAGUGAAUGGUUUAGUGCAAUGUGAAAAUGAACGAAUGCCGACCUGACAAAAGUGCUUAAGUAUGUAUAUAAUAUACGAAAAUAUAUUGCGACAAUUCGAAACCUCUCACCGAAGGAUGCCGGAUUUGCGAAGUGAUUUCACUUAAAAGGACAGCAUCGCUGUCAAAAUUAAAUGAGAAUGCUCGAUAUUACUUAAGACGAGAUAACAACAACUGAUGGUCACGGAAAAAAAUAGUCCUUUGUCGAAUUGUGAACAUUUCUCAAAAUUUGAACAUCGUGCAUCAAAUGCUAAAAUGACAGAUUCUGAAUCAAAUUCAGUAUCAGAAUCGAAAUCGAAGGAAGGUAUAAGUGAUAAGAGAACACUCUCGAACUGCAAACAAACUCAUAUGAUGUCUCCACAAAUACAUGGAACAUACAACGUUGAAAUGGUGGAACACGAAACUACAUCUGAAACUGACGAAGAGCCCGACGGCCAUCAGGAAUCCGAGCAAACUAUGGUGCCGUCUGAUCCGUCCAAGUGGACUUCGAGUCACAUAAACGAAUGGAUCUCAUGGUGCAGUCGGACAUUCGCCAUAAGACUGGGAUCCAUCGCAACGAUACUCCCGUCGACCGGCAAAGAAUUGUUGCAAUUAACACUACAAAAUUGGCAGGAUAUCGGUGGAUCAGAAGGUGGUAUCCUAGCGAGACACUUGGCGCAUCUUCGUUUACAAGCCACUGGUGUAUAUACUCCAGGUUUACUGCAAGAGAACGAAGAUAGUGAGAGAACUGAAAGGUUCAGCCUCCUACAACGCACUUGCUCGCUGAUUGGAUCAACGGCUGGAGCCGGUGGCUCGGGGGCGGUCGGAGGCGGACAGGUUCAGCUCUGGCAAUUCCUGCUGGAGCUGCUCUCGGAUUCGUCCAACUCGUCCUGCAUCGCGUGGGAGGGUUCAAACGGAGAAUUUAAGCUCACCGAUCCGGACGAAGUCGCACGCCGUUGGGGUGAGCGCAAGAGCAAACCUAACAUGAAUUACGACAAGCUGUCACGUGCGUUGAGAUAUUACUACGACAAGAAUAUAAUGACAAAAGUUCACGGUAAACGUUACGUUUACAAGUUCGAUUUUCAUGGUUUGAGGAUGGCUUGUCAGUCGCAAGCUGGCAUUAUGUUGGAAGCAUCAACGUCGUCGCGUGUAACAAAUGCGAGCUGUCAUCCUCAUCAUCAGACUCCUCGCGCUCAUCGUUUAUAUCCAGUUGGACCUGCUCAGCACUCCGUACCAUCCUCUUUACAAUCGGAACCAUCGCCUUCCAGUCAACAACAGCCACCGCCACCGUUGCCACCACCUCAUUAUUGGCAAUAUCGAUAUUCACCACCGACAUAACAUUGCUUUCAAUUAUUGUUAGGCAUAUGAGAUGACUGAUGUCAACUUGAGUGAACGAUAGUUCGCGCUCUUUUGAUUCCUCAUUCCUUUUUUUUCUUGCCCAUCUCGUACACACAACAACGUUGUUUCUUCACAUCUUGAAACAUUAGAAAGAAACAUCAAAUUAGCUUUGUUCCUGCUUUCAUUGUUAAUCGACACAUUUAGGAAUAAACUGUACAUAAUGACGAUAAUAUUGAAAAUGAACAAUAUACAUAGAACAAAUGUGAAAUAUUUUAGACAUUUAAAAUGUUGCAAUCACUGAGGAUUCCAUUAUUUCAUUUUCCAAUCAUGCUUCAAGAUGUGCAUGGGAAUUUGUAAAUAUAUCAGCAUUUUUACUUGAAGCAAUACAAGUUCUUUUUUCGUUAUUACCGUGCGCUACCGCUGUUACAGAAUCUCUAAUCUUGAUUCUAUAUUAAGUUACUAUUAUAGAAUCAGAAUCGAAGAAUCUCACCAACUCUUAACUUAAAAAAAAAAUUAAUUGACUGAAUUUAUGAAUUGCCAAUUGCGAAUUUUAAAACGAUCGUAUCGCUUUAUUUUCCUCAUCUAUUUUCUGCAAAUUAUAAUUUAUUUAUCUAAAAUAUAAUACUUUUAAUUAAUAAUAUUACACGUAAAUAUUAAAUUAGGUUAGGAAUGAUCAGUUUUAAAUUUUAUAAUUAACAAUUCAUAACUUGACUUUUUUAAAUCCGAGUUGGUAAGGGUAAGACCGGCCCUUAUACUCGCAAUGUAUAUUUUGUAAACAUGACUUUCUAUCUAAUAAAUAUGUAGAAAAAACUGAA